AUGGUCCCCGGGAAGUUGCGGCUGUGGCUUGUUAGCCAAGCGGUGGAGGAGAUCGUCAAGAACAUCGACAGCGAAUCCAAGAGAGAAACCGCUGCCUUCACACAGUUCAAGGCGGCCUGGUGUUCUGCGGAGAUCGAAGGUCUUUCCUCUGGUUCCGUCAAGGCCAAGGAGAACUCAGAGAAGGCCUUCGUCCAGCUGCGGGAACUCACCGCCUCGAUCUCGGCCUUGGAGACGGGCAUCGCCUCCCUGGAAGGCGAUGUCAAGGAACUGCAGGACACGCAGGACCAGAUGUCCAGCAUCCGGGAGGAGGAAGCCUCCAAGUACAACGAGGAGGUGGACCUCAAUGCCGAGUCUGCGCGCACGGUGGACAAAGCCUUGUCCAAGAUUGGUGCCAAAAGCUCCUUCCUGCAGAGGCAAAGCUUGGAGCCCGACAGUGGAUACGUGAUGGGCCUGCUGCGAGGGAUCAAGGAGAAGUUGAACCAGACGCGCUCCGAGUUGGACCUGACGGAAGAGGCGAAGCGAAAGACCCACAGCAGCCUCUUCAAGGCCAAGAAGGAGCAAUUGUCUCUCUUGCAGGCCGAGGUUCUGGAGAAAACACGGCUGCUUCAGCAGGCCAAGGUGCAGCUGGUCGAGGCUCAACGCAUCCACGACGAGGAACAGGAGUCCGGCAAAGAAAUGAUUCGCAUGCAAGCCGAGACCAACGAAAAAUGUGAUGCCAAGGAUGGCGAGUACAAGCUUCGUCAAGAUGACAAGAAGAAGGAGCGCGAAGCCAUUGUGGAGGCAGUCUCCCUGUUGAAGCAGGAGGAGGCAGGUGGAGAAAAUGCCGCCGGCGCCACCUUCUUCCUCCAGAUGUCCUCCAAGCAUCGAAUGUCAGAAGACAGGAAGGAUUCCAUCAGGGAUGCUGUGGCGCUGAUGCAGCAGCAGACGGCCGAGAAAGCCCAGGGCAUGGGAAAGGCGGCGGAGGCGGUGCUGCAACUGGUGGAGGCGAUUCGGAGCCACCAGGCCGAAGACACAAAGAGGAAGCAAUUCUGCGAGUUCCAACUCGAUGGAAGUCAGGACACCAAAGCCAAGUUGCAAGGCGAAGUGGCCCGGUUGAAGGCGCGACAGGCGUACCUGAGCUCGGAGGUGACGAGUCUGACCUCGGAGGUGGACGGACUGAAGAAGGACGCGGCGAAGUUCACGGAUCGCCUCAGUCAACUGGAGGAGGUUCGAUCCAAAGAGCAAGACUCCUACAAGGCCUCCAGUCGCGACCGCGGCCUCACCCUGAAAGUGGUGAAGAAAGCCAAGUCCAUUGUGGAAGGCUUCUACAAAUCCAAGGAUCUGACAGCUUUCAGCCAGGAAGAUGCGAGUCCUCCCAAGGUGACUUGGAAGUUGGGCAGUUCCAGAAAUGGCAACCUGGGCUCCAGUGUCAUCGCCAUGUUGGACACGAUCGUGGAGGAUUUCCAGAAGGAGCAGAAGGAUGCGGACGCAGCGGAGGAGAAGGCAGAGGAGGAACUGGCCAAGGUUCGAAGCGAGACCAAAUCCCUUUUCGACAAGAAGUUGGAGCAUGUCUCCAAACUUCUGCAGGAGAAAGCCAGAGAUGCAGAAGAGCUGACACAAGUCAAGGCCGAUGCCGAGCUGAAAACCACCUCAUUGACGGCCACCGAAGAUGCUCUGGUGAAACUGGGCAAAGAUUGCACCAAGCUGAUGACAGACUAUGAAAAGGUGGCCAAAGAGCGACGGAAACAGAUCUUGCAGUUGCAGGACGUGGCCGAUAUCCUCUCUGGCGCCACAGUGGGUGCUCGGACUGGCCUGAAGGCCAGUGGCACUUCGGCCCCAGCGCCGCACAACCCAACCAUGCGGGCAUUGCUGGAGCGGUAUACCCAAAGUCACACGCUCACAGAGCGUGAUGAGGAUGGGGAACAUCCACUUUUCCCGCAGAGCCGCUCACGGCGAGCUGAACAGCGACAUGGACAUGCAGGCGGUGCAGAGUUGGUCUUGGCCAAAGAGUCAAUGGCUGCAAGUUCGAGGGAGCAGAUCCUCAUCUCCCGCGUGCUGCAUAAGAUCGACACGGAGAAGCUAACACACGUGAAAGAAGUCUUUAUGGAAAAGGAGAAUGCCCUUACCAGCAAGGACUUCGUUGAUUUGUUACUGCCCACUGUGAGAAGCAUGGAGGGCGGGGAGGAACAGGUGGUCGCGGCCUUGCAGCUGGUGCACGAAACCAUCGGACAAGGUGUGAAAGGCGAAGAGGAGAAGGAAGUCAAAGAGGUCGAAGAGGAGGAUGACCUCAUGAACCCCGCUUUCAUGACGGAAGCCCAGGUGGAGGAGGAAACACAAAAGUUGUUGUCCUGGGAAGUCUUUGCCAAGCUCUUGUUGCAAGAGGGCGUGGUGGCCAACGUGGUCGCGGGCUUUAAUCUGACACAGGUUCUGAGUGUGAUAGACUUGGAAAAGAUCACGCCCUUGCAAGCGAUCUUCGAGAAGAAGGGCAAUGUCGACUUGGAGAGCUUUGUGGUCAUCAUGAAGGGCCAGUUCCAACAGGUCUUUGAGCUCAUCGCUCUCUUUGAACUCUACGAAGAGGAACGGAAGAUCAUCUCGCAGCUGAUCAAUCUUUUCGACGCCAUCGACGUGGAUUGUAAUGGUAGCAUGACUUGGGAGGAGUUCACCGCUUUCUUGGUGGAUCAAGGCAUGGCGGAGGAUGUGCCUCAGCAGUACAACAUCAUUCGCUUCAGCCAGUCGCCCCUGAAGGACGGCAAUGGACAUCAAUCCCACUGUGAAAAGGUCAUCUACCUGAAAGGCUAUGACAAAGUUGCCUUCGUGGAGCAGGGAAGCAGAUGCUUGAAACUGUGCAGCCCAGAUAUGAAGCCCUACUUUGAAAUCAGAGACUUCACCCAGACGCCUCUUUGCGCGGAGUACAUCGAGAAGUACAACUGGGUAGCAGUUUCCUGCUCUGACAAGUAUCUCUCCUUCUUUGACGUGGACAACUCCUUGAAGCUGGUGAGGCGUGUGCAGAGCAAGACCGCCCAGCGAGUACUGUGCUGGAGUGAGGCUGCAGAAGUCUUGUUCAGCGCAGAUCAUGAGGGCAGGAUCCUGUCAUGGAGCCUGCACAAAGUGAAAUUCGGUCCUUUUGAUGACAAGACGGGUGAGGAGAAGAAAGAACCCACCUGGCGAGACUUCAUGAAGGCUGGUGACAGCAGCGACACCAGGGCACAUUGGCUGCACCCCGAGCUGUCAUAUCAGCCCCUCUGGUCGAUCCUGGCUCCGGAGUUGCGUGCAGCACUGAAGGCGGAGGAUCCCAAGGUGGCAAUACAAAGCUUAGCACAACGACACCUGGUGGACGCCUUUUCGUUACCGUUGCUGUGCCCAAAGUUCUGCCAUCAGCUGGUGGAAGAGGUGAAGCAUUUUCGUGACUGGCGGGAAGCGGCCAAGGAGAUCUCCCCAGGGCUCCUCCUAAGCUGCAGAUGGUAUCUCUACCAGAUCAAUCCUGGCUUCAGAACGUUAUUCAACCAGCUGCUUCAAGAUGUGCUUCGCAGGAUCGAUCAGGCCUUGAUUGGAGGCGCCGAUCUCGCAUACCAUGAAGCGUAUUGCAUCAACUACGAGGAGGGCAGGGAUUUGUCCUUGAAAGCCCAUACGGAUGACUCGGAUCUCACCGUGAAUGUGUUUUUGGGAAUCCCUGGCUUCGAGGGUUCAGAGCUACUGCUGCUGGAUCCUGCUCCAGAGGAUGUUCAAACGGGCACGCCUCGCCUGGACGACACUUACAAGGGCAGCAUGGUUUCCUACCAGCACCAUGCCAUUGGAACGGCGCUGUUGCAUCCGGGCGACCGAUGGCAUGCAGUGCAGCCACUGAGAGCUGGAAGCCGGUGGAACCUCAUCGUCAUGACCAUGCGCAACGACAAGGACUGGAAGCGCACCUUCUACGAUGAAAUGACUGCGCAAGAGCCUCGCGACGCUGAGAUGAGGAAGCUUCUUGGGAGACCCGGAGCAGUGGAGCGCGUGACCUUGGAGCUGUUGAGAUCCAGAGACGCCAUCUUUAAGCGCGAUCCGCCGAUGCGGCACAUCAGCGUGGAAGCACCGCGCGAGGCGUCGUCAAGUCGGAGGAAGGGGAAGGGCAAGAAGGAUGCUUGGGGCAGAAAUGAGGAUGACCUGGGUAUGUGGGAGAGCGAUGACUAUGGCGACUCACCGAUGCACGGGAUCAGCCUAGAGUUGCAGGCCAUGGAUAGAGGCAAGAAGACCAAAGCCAAGGUGAAGCCAAGAUACCGUGGAGAGAACAUCGUCAUGCAGCUGUUAGAACUUCCAGUUGGGGGCCCAAAGUCGCACCAAAGUCUUGCAGCAGAUUGCAUCCUGCGGGGUGGAUGGCAACGCAACGGCUCCCGGAGAUGUUUGUGGGGGUUUACGGUGGAUCCGCCGAAGUCCUUGGAUGGUCCCUUGGGGGUCCGCCCCCAUCCCCUGGUUAUGGAUGAGUUGGAUCGAUCCAAAGUGGGAGAGACCUUUGAAGUGCUGGCGCUUGAGGUGCCAGCACGGCGCACCGGCGAAUUUCUCAAGAGGCUGGCGGCCCAUCUUCUGAACCUGGCCCGAAGGAAAAAUGUGGAGCCCGCGGCCACUAACACUUCCAAGCUCAUCUUGAUGUCAAGGAGCAUCGCAGACAUCGGACACCUUCCUACUGAGAGGGAAUGGCUUCAGGAACAGAUCACCUCUGGUGCUGUUAAGCUCUCGACCUUUCAAGUGACUUUGAGCUAUGAGCAUUUCACCGCGGAGGAAGUUCUAAGGAAACUUCUACCGACAGGGAUGGAAAUUCCCUCAUCCUUUGAACAAGCUGGUCACAUUGCCCAUCUCAACCUCCGAGACUCACAGCUACCAUACAAGCACCUCAUCGGACAAGUGAUCCUUGACAAGAACAAGUCGGUAAAGACGGUGGUGAAUAAGACUGGCAAGAUCGAGACAGAGUUUCGAACCUUCCCGAUGGAGCAUUUGGCAGGAGAGGAGUCCACAGUGGUGCGCUUAAAGGAGCACCAGUGUUUGUUUGAGUUCGAGUACCAAGAUGUGUACUGGAAUUCUCGCUUGCAGGAGGAGCACGGUCGACUCAUCGAGGCCCUCUUCCUCCAGCCCUCCACGGUGGCGACCGAAACGGCGCCGGUGCUGGCGGAUUGCACCUGUGGUGUGGGACCCUUUUCCAUUCCCAGCGUCAAGCUGACCAACAGCCUGGUUUCUCACGCCAACGACCUGAAUCCCGCCUCCAUCCAGUGGCUGCGCAAGAGCGUGGAGAUCAAUAAGCUGCCGCAGGUCAUGGAAGUGGAUGAAAUCCCUCCCCAUGGAGAAGACUUUCAUGCGCCCGCCGUUGGUUCGUUGCUGGUGAUCCACAAACCACGAGAUGCCCGGGAGUUCAUUCCGGAGCUCUUCAAGAAGAGGCAUCCGGUGACCCACGCGAUCUUCAAUCUGCCUGCAGCUGGAGUAGAACUGCUGGAUUGCUUUCGUGGCCUGAACUACGCAAAGCAUGGCCUGCCCAGACCCUUAGUCAGCUGUUACACUUUCAGCGAUGCCGCCUUGGACUCUUCCGAAAACAACGGCUGCGUCGCGGACCUGCAGCGACGCAUUGCGAAAGCCUUGGGGCUUCAGGAGGAGCGCUUUCACUACACUGGCUCUAGCAGGGGUCGACUGCCCCUGCCAUCGCCUGACGUGAGAAAGAUGGUGGAUGAGGCGUUCUCAUCCAGUGUACCAAGUCACCAAGUUGCUUUGACGGUGCGGUUGGUGCGAAAUGUGGCACCCACGCGGCACAUGUUUUGUGUUUGCUUUCGCGCUCCGGUUGGAGAAGAGGCAGACGAGGCCUCUGUGAUGCCUUCUGAGAAGCGACCCAAGUUGAUGUGUGAAAAAGACUGGCAGCGGCUGCGGGUCAUGACAUGGGAUGCCUUUACGGGCAUGUGGAAACGCACCUUGCGCGGUCACGAGAUGGGCGUCCGCUGCAUGGCCUUUGCCACCUCAACGAAGGUCUUGGUCACGGGCGGCUACGACUACAACCUCUUUGUCUGGAAUCCUUACGUAGGGAAGUCCAUUCACACCAUCCAUGGCCACUCCGCGCCCAUCGUUGGAAUCGAAGUUCUUGGAGCUUCCUCAAAUCAGGUGGUGAGCGCCGACUCGGAGGGCUUCGUGAAGACCUGGGACCUGGGGACGUAUCAGAUGAUCCAGUCCUUUGUGGUUGAUGAGAUCACGAUCCUCAGAGCCUUUGUGUCCAUCCCCAGCUCAAAGCGGGUCAUUGCGGUGGAUCGCGAGUUUGUGGCCUUCGACUACCAGAACACCGGCAUUGCCGACCAGACAGAAGAGGAACCCUUAAUCAAGGUCUUCUACAAUGAGCGGCUGAAGGUUUUUGUCAGUGGCACCAUCAACGUGGUCAAGAUUUGGGAUGCUGUGACUGGCGCCAUCAAGGUGGUGAUCACCCACAAAGAUGCCGAGAUCACGGACUUUUGCUUUGAUGAUCGCGGCAGGAAGCUCUUCGUGUCGGAUCAUCUCGGGAAGAUCCAUGUCUAUCACAGUUCCACUGGAUGUCUUGUCAAGAAGCUGACAAGUCACAAUAAGGAGGUGUCGGGCAUGAUCUAUUGCCAAGGGGACAAGAACAUCAUCACUGUGUCCUGGGACCGUUCCAUCGUCGUUCACGAUGAGUCCAGCAAGACGGAGGUGGUGCAUCGCCGCGCCACCAAUUCGCACAAGGCCCAUGUGUGUUUUUUUGGGUGA